AUGAAUACCCGUUUUUGGUCUCCCACACCGACUCCGGCCCGGGCCUCAGUCCGCGGUCUCGAGUUUGACAGCGGGUCGUUAGACGCGGAAGCCCGUCGGCCUGACGCUGCCUGCCAGCCCCGCUGCCCCGGCCACCAUCAUGGGAGACAGUCGAGUCCCGACAGUUCAUCUGUGUCUUCCCCUCCUUCGGGCCAGCGCUCGCCUGCACUGGUACCCUCCGCUGCAGCUUCCAUGACCUCUCUGCCACCCAUUACCUCCACCGGGGUCAACAGCCCCGUCAGUAGCAUCGGCUCCCCCUUUUCUGUUAUUAGCUCAUCACUGGGCUCUCCAUGCUUACCUGGCACCCCCUCGAUCAACUCGACAGUGUCCAUGUCGGGGCUCCAUGCAGUGAGCAGCUCUGAUGAUGUGAAGCCUCCUCUGGGCUUGAAGCAGCUGUCGUCCCACAGCCCGGGGCCCAUGCUUUCCCAGAAACGCCUUUGCUCCAUCUGUGGAGACAGAUCCUCUGGUAAACACUAUGGUGUCUACAGCUGCGAGGGCUGCAAAGGCUUCUUCAAGCGAACAGUGAGGAAAGACCUGACCUACACCUGUCGGGACAACAAGGACUGUAUUGUGGAUAAGAGACAGAGGAACCGCUGCCAAUACUGCCGCUAUCAGAAGUGCCUGGCCAUGGGCAUGAAGAGAGAAGUGGCCAAGAUGAACGACAGAUGUAAGGAGAAGAGGGAGGGAGGGAUACACAAAAAAGUUUUGAGCACCAACCACAGAGCAGCUGUGCAAGAGGAGCGCCAGAGGAACAAGGAAAGAGAAGGGGAAGUGGAGUCCACCAGCGCCGUGAACGAGGAGAUGCCGGUGGAGAAGAUUUUGGAAGCAGAGAUGGCUGUAGAGCAAAAAACGGAGCUUCAUGCGGAUGGAAGUUCAGGCGGCAGCUCUCCCAACGAUCCUGUCACCAACAUCUGUCAGGCAGCGGACAAGCAGCUUUUCACUCUGGUGGAGUGGGCCAAGAGGAUCCCCCACUUCUCUGAGCUGCCCCUGGACGAUCAGGUCAUCCUGCUGCGUGCAGGCUGGAACGAGCUGCUGAUUGCAUCGUUCUCCCAUCGCUCCAUCUCAGUAAAGGAUGGGAUUUUGCUGGCCACCGGCCUCCACGUGCACAGGAACAGUGCUCACAGUGCCGGAGUUGGAGCCAUCUUUGACAGGGUUUUAACAGAGCUCGUAAGCAAAAUGAGAGACAUGCAAAUGGACAAGACAGAGCUGGGCUGCCUUCGAGCCAUCAUCCUCUUCAACCCAGAUGCCAAGGGUCUGUCCAACCCCAGUGAGGUGGAGCUUCUGAGAGAGAGGGUGUACGCAUCCCUGGAGGCUUACUGCAAACACAAAUACCCCGAUCAGCAGGGCAGGUAUGGACCAGUGGCCCUCCUCCGCCACUACCGACUCGGUUUGUUUGGUUUUAGGUUUGCAAAGCUCCUCCUGCGACUCCCAGCACUGCGCUCCAUCGGCCUGAAGUGCCUGGAGCAUUUGUUCUUCUUUAAACUGAUCGGCGACACGCCCAUUGACACCUUCCUGAUGGAGAUGCUGGAGGCGCCCCACCAGCUCACCUAAAGGAGUCCCGCUCAGUCGGGUCAGGAUCCGAUGCUCACCAGAAAGAUCAACUCGGCCUCCUGUGUUUGGUUGCCUGCUCUUGGUGUUGGGCCUCACUUCAGCUGGUUGUAACGAAGCAGCUUUCACACACAGACAAAUAUUCCCCGUCACCAUGAUUACCUGUCUCUCACAUAUGCAUAUAGACAUUUCCCUGCAACUGAAAGACAAUACUAACACGCCAAUAGAAUUGUUUGGAAUGAACAUUCUGGUGAAAACACACAUGCA